UAGCGAAGUAGGAGUUUAUCUUUCCUCUUCUGAAUUUGUACUGAUUGUUAUUAACAAAAUGUGCAUUUAAUGAAAUAUUGCUUGUAUUCCAUAUUUUGUGAGUUCCAGAAGCAAUCUCAUAGUAUACAGGUCGUGCCGCAAGUGACUAUCAAUGCAAAGUGAUUCUUUCAUAUGUGCUCAGAAAUAGGUAUUGAUUGUUUCGUGCGAUGCGAUGACAAGUGUAUUUCAGUAGAUGUGUUUUUUACAUAAAGUGAAUACUAGUGUUUUAUAAGAAGAAAAGACUAAUCAAGAAAAGCAACGGCAUGAAUCUGGAUAAUUCAUCGAGAGAAAAUUCAGAAGCUUUGGACUCAAUCGGCACCGUAAGCCCCAGAGAAAAAUAUCACAGCAUGCGGGAGAAAAAACUAUCAACAGCAUCCCUCACAAACACCGAGGGUGCUCGCCCGAAGAUGGUGACGGUGAAACACCCUGAAUCUAACAAGCCGAAACCAACAGCAAAGAAAAAUAAACCCAUACAAGCAGAUCUUGAUGUCAUAAAAGAGUUCAUUAGAUGCCGAGAUGAAGGUGUAAAACGACUUGACCUUAGCAAGUCCUCCAUCACAUCACUCCCUCCCAAUGUCAGAGAUUUAACACACUUAGUUGAAUUUUAUUUAUAUGGAAACAAGUUAGUUGCCCUACCUGCAGAGUUUGGCUGUUUGGCAAACCUACAAACAUUAGCAUUGAAUGAAAACUCAUUGACAAGCUUACCAGAUUCUCUCGCCAACCUGAAAUGCUUGAAGGUUUUAGACUUGAGGCACAACAAACUAAGUGAUAUACCGGAUGUCGUGUAUAAGCUAACAUCGCUGACCACACUAUUUUUACGGUUCAACAGGAUCAGGGUAGUUGGUGAUGGUAUUGCCAGUCUUACUAAUCUCACAAUGUUGAGCUUGAGAGAGAAUAAAAUUAAGGAGUUAUCUUCUGGGAUUGGAAAAUUGGUAAAUCUAGUAACAUUUGAUGUUUCUCACAAUCACCUGGAACACUUACCACAAGAAAUAGGAAAUUGUGUUAAUUUGUCUACAUUGGAUUUGCAGCACAAUGAUUUAUUGGAUAUACCAGAGACAAUUGGAAAUCUUCAGGCCUUGACACGUCUAGGUCUCCGGUACAAUAGGUUGACUGCAAUACCUGCUACACUGAGUAACUGUAAACAUAUGGAUGAGUUUAAUGUAGAAGGGAAUUCUAUUUCUCAAUUGCCUGAUGGUCUUCUCGCUAGCCUGAAUGAACUCACGAGUAUUACUCUAUCACGCAACUGUUUUAUGAGCUAUCCAUCAGGAGGGCCUGCUCAAUUUACAAAUGUUUUCUCAAUCAACCUGGAACACAACCAAAUUGAUAAAAUACCAUAUGGCAUAUUUUCAAGGGCCAAAAAUUUAACAAAAUUAAUCAUGAAAGAAAACUUACUGACAUCGCUACCGCUAGACAUUGGCACAUGGUCCAACAUGGUUGAGCUCAAUUUAGGCACAAAUCAGUUAACAAAGCUUCCUGAUGAUAUUCAAUGUCUGCAGAAUCUGGAAGUGCUGAUACUGUCUAACAAUUUGUUAAGGCGCAUUCCCCCUAACAUUGGAAGUUUAAGAAAAUUGCGAGUAUUAGAUUUGGAAGAAAAUAAACUUGAAGUUCUGCCAAAUGAGCUUGGAUUCUUACACGACUUGCAAAAAUUAAUUGUGCAGUCAAAUCAGUUGACAGCAUUGCCACGAUCCAUUGGUCACCUCACUAAUCUCACUGUAUUAAGUGUUGGCGAAAAUAACUUGCAACAUGUGCCCGAAGAAAUAGGAACACUUGAAAACUUGGAAUCCUUGUAUUUGAAUGACAACCCGAAUUUGAACAAUUUGCCGUUUGAAUUGGCCCUUUGUGUAAGUUUACAGAUUAUGAGUAUUGAAAAUUGCCCAUUGGCGCAAAUUCCCGCUGAAGUUGUGUCUUCUGGACCCUCACUGGUGAUCCAAUUUCUGAAAUCUCAAGGGCCAUAUAGAGCUAUGUGAUAUCAGGAAGAUGACUACCUAGCAGGCAGUGAUGGCACUUAAUUUCAUUGCCCCAUAAUAAUGCAGUCUAUACGAAAGUAUAUAAUAUAGUAAUUAUGUAUGAUUUGCAUUUUCUCGAAAUUCUAACUACAUAAAUGAUUAUUUUAAUAGAAAACCAUUUGAUAUCUAUAUUAUAUAUUAUUAUUAAACCUUUAUGUACUUACUUAUUCUCUUCUAAUGAAAAAUUCAAACAGAAUUAAUAAAUUAAAAUAUUUUGUUCCAAAUUGCAUAAUGAAAAAGUAUAAAAUAACAAAAAUAUAUCCAUAAAUGUUAGUAGAUAUUGUACAUAAUAAAUGUUACUUUAUAUGCACAAUAAAUGUAUAGGUCACUCAUUGUUUAUAAUAUCCUUUGCGAAGGGAUACAAAAGGGAUGUUUAAAGAUAAAUGUAACUAUAAUUUAUGUAUCUCUAAAUAUUAUUAUUAGGCAUCAAACAAAUUGGUAUCUGCAAAAUAUUUUGGUACAUUUAUGUGACCCUAUGUUUACCUAUGAAAUUUGAUUGAUUUCAGUCUGAUCAAAAUUCUGGACAAAAUAAAAACACAGUUAUGUUUUGUUAGAAAAUUGUUAAGUAGAUAGGAUUACUUUAAAACUUUUAGCUAAAAUUAUUAAUUUAUUAGUGUAUGAUCAUAUUGAGAUGGUUAGAUUGAUGUACCCAGUAUUUAAAAUGUGUUAUUUAGAUGUACAUUAUGUGUUAGAUAGGAUUUAAUCCUUUAUGUAAAAAUAAAAGCAGGAAGGAUCUCAUCCAUUGUUUGAAUCAGUAUUUAGUCAUCAAUGUCUUAUUAUAUUGUAACAACAUUUUAACAUUUUUUCUACUUGUGGACUUCACUUCUAUAUUCUAAUAGGUAAUCGUGAUUUUGAUCAACUAAUAAGAGAUGAACUAGUCCCUUUAAAACAUGAUUUUCCUAUCACAAUGCAUUUAUUUUCUUUUGAUAUAUUUAUGUCAGUAAGUGUAGAUUUACAUUAAAAUUAGUUUUUUGAACAUGUAUUGUAGCCAUUUUCUAGUUUAUAUUUUGUAUUUUAAUUUUUACGUAAUAUUAUCUUGGAGACUACUGAUUUUUAAUUAUACACAUCACCCGUAUACCUAUAUGGAAGUACCCCCAAAUAUUUUUAUUAUUUUCUUGUAUCAUAUGAAUGACAGUAUAUUAAAAUGUAUUUUAGAUUUUUAAUGAAUUGGUGUUGAUUAAUGUUCCGUGUUAAAAUAGCUUUUCUAGUCAUUACAAAAUGUUGACUUUAUAAAUGUCUAAUUAAUGAGUAAUCCUGUGACAACACUCCAUUGGUGUUAUUUUAAUAAUUAAUCUUUGCAUAAUAAUAACAUUGACAUGUUUAGUAAGUCAUUUAAAUACGUAUUGUAAUACUGUAUGGGGAAACUGUAGGCCAUAAAUAUGGUGAUGUAGACUGAUCAAUAAUUAAUUACUUACAUGUUUAAAAAAAAUAGAAUUGAUGUUUAAUACGAAAAUUUACGGUAGACUACAAACAAAACUUAUUUCAAAAAUGUUGACCCAUUAUGUAAUCUAUUUUAUGUUAAAUGUGUUUCAAUAACAUGUAAACAUGUUAAAUGGAAUAAAAUUAAUUUUAAUUA